AUGAUGAAACACAAGGAACAUGAGAAGGGCAGCUUGGAGCCGAUGCCUCUUGAUCUGAAGAAGAAGAUGGAUGCAAAGAGUGACCAAAAAGAAGUCUUUUGCGAGUCAAGGGACAAUGGCGUUGGAAGCGACGACAAGAGCCCAGGUAAGAAGCUACCUAAUGUCCUCCUCCCUUUAGAUAUGGAUGUGGAGACACUGACUAGAUUGCCUGGAAAGUCUCUUAUGAAGUUCCUAUGCGUGUCCAAGACUUGGUAUUCCCUUAUCCAAAGCCAAAGAUUUGUGGCUUCUUACUACGCUAAGAAGCCAUCCUGUUUUAUAGUCGCUUUCACCAACAGUGUGUGUGAUCAUCCCAAGCGUUUGUUCAUCUUGUCAGGAGAGGAGGAGGAGGAGGAGGAGGAGAAGGAGGAGGAAACUUGUUCUUCUUUGGUUGCCAAUCUAGACAUGACAAUACCCUCAGUGACCUGGCCUCACGGCGGCUACAAGUAUUUUUCCGUCCAUGGGUUUCUCGCUUGUUUUGAGGGGUUAAACUUCAUUAUAUGUAACCCUAACACGAGGCAAGUCAUUACCUUUCACUGCAAGGCACCGGGCACAUCCUUGGGAUACGAUCCUGUUGAUGAUCAAUUCAAAGCAUUGACCCACGUGACAUCUAUCAUGAUCAUAACCCUAGUGUCAUGGUGCACGAGGUUAUAA